CCCCUGUGGUGGUUCUCGCGUUUGUGCUGCUGGCAUGGAGGGCAGAAAAGAGCAAACCAAGGCUCGGAGGAAGUCUAGAAACAAUUGUUGCGUAGGUGGGCUGUUCAAACACGUACGCGAACGCGAGCGAGAGAACGUUCUACGCUUUUCCCGGGCGGCCCCACGAGCGAGAGCGCCGAGAGCAGUGGAUCGCUGCUGUUCGCCGCCGAAAUGCCGACGGCAGCCCUUGGAGGCCUACGAAGCACAGCCACGUCUGCAGCGAUCAUUUUGUCAACGGCAGAAAAUCGAAUCAUCCCAGGAAUCCAGCAUACCUGCCCACCAUAUUUCCCAGCGUCUACAGGUCCACCAAGAAGGUCGCCGACAAAAGGUUACAACCACGGCUGCCGUUGGACGAGAGUGGACCUGUCCCGUUGUCGUUCCGAUGCGAACUCAGCGCCAACAGCUGCGAAGUGGAGAUUCCGCGCAACAGCGUGGGAACGCAGACUGAUCCUAACCUGGGGAGCCUGGAGGUAGACGCGACAAUUUUCUUGUGCUGCAUGAUGGGUAAAAACGCCGAAACGCUGGCCAUCGUUCCCAGGAGGAAGCCACUGGGAGUGAGCCACUGGGAGCGUGCUUCGAAGUGAGAACACUGCACGUGAUCCGAUGAAGACUGCCAUCGCGCGCGGAAGCCGGUGUCUGCCGCUGCGGGACGCCACUGUACCUGGUCGAGAGCGAAAAGGGGCCACGUGUUCUGAAAUGGAUCCCUCG